AUGCUUUGUGGAGAUGAGGGAGAUGAUUUCGUUUGUGGAUACCCUAUGUACACCGACAGCAAAACUGCAGAGCCUUACGUCCUGGAGCUGUACCGUGCACAUGGCGCAGCUGCAAAGGAUUUGAUCUCCAACCGGCUUCGGCACAAUGCCCUGACCAUCCUCAGGCAUAUGGUCCGAAAGAAGGCCAAGCCAGACAUGAUGCACUACCCCUUGCCAAUACAGGCCGAGGCAGAGGAGGCCCGCAAGCGGCGUGCAGAGGUGGAGGCGAAAGCUGCCGCGGAGGCUUGCAAACGCAUGGCGAGGCCUUGGCCUAGUGGUGAUUGGAAGUCCUUGCUGGAGCAUUUCAAGAAAGAGCUCUUGGUGUCAGAGAGGUUCAUCAUCUACAAGAUCGAGGGAGAUAAGGUUGUGGUGGAGAAAGAAGGAGACAAAGACAAGAAGUACAGUGACUUUAUGGACGCCCUCAAAGAGGUGGCGGAGAAUGAGCCACGUUAUGCAGUCGUGGACUUUCAUUUCGAAACCGCAGAUGGUCGUCCACAGGACAAGCUUGUGUUCAUCGGAUGGUCACCUGACACCUCAGGAGUGAAGCCUAAGAUGACCUACGCCUCCACCAAGGAUGCCAUUUUGAAAAAGUUGUCCGGAGUUCACAAGGCCUUGCAGAUCACCGAAUCCUCUGACCUCACUUUUGAUGAGAUCGUUAUCUUCCAGUUCCGAAUGGCCGUGGCCACCAUUGUCAAGCUUCUCAGGAGAAACCUUGGAGGCCCAAUGAGCAACAAUGACCUGAAGACGACCACCGAGACGACCGAGACUGCUUCGGCUGAGACUCAGACAGCUGGUGAAUUCAGCCAGGGCUCUCGAGGUCAUCCUGAAUUCUGCAAGCGGCCGUGUGUGCAUUUCUUCACCCGUGGCUGUGCAGCCGGUGCUGGAUGCAACUACUGCCAUGCAGAGCACCCGAAGAGGCCAACGAGCCUGGACAAGUCGCAGAGGAGAUUGUUGGUGAAAGUGGAAGAGCAGCACCUGCUUGAAAUUGUGAUGGGUCAUUUGCGUGCUCGGGCUGAACACUUUGGAUUCGGCUCUCCAUGCGAAGAGCUUUUCCAGAUUUUGGAGACUCGUUGGAAAGGCCUGGACCCAGAUGUCCCAGCUUCGUGGUCUCCUAGCGAGCAGCAGAAUAUGAGACGCGUGUUGGGAAAGAUGACCUUUGCAGGAUUAUUGGGCUUGGUUCUCUCCAGGUCUUCAACAGAGGAUGGUGGCACACUGUUUGCUCAAGACGUCAAUCAUGCUCUUGAACGUCUACGAGAGGUCAUGCCGACGAUCAAUCAGCACUGA